AUGUCCUCAUCAGACCAAUUACAUUCUUCUGCUAUCCAUUUGAAUUCUCAUCCCCUCACAAGCAAUUUCUUGUCUUCAACUUGGACUUCUAGAUGUAGGAGCAAAUUACAUCUAAUUCUACUGGACUUCAAGCAUUCAAAUGACUCAUCAACCAUUUCUGAACUUCCGGGAACACUCAACAAUUCAUUUAGUGGAGCGUAUCCUGAGAGUGCUGAGGAGGCCACAUACUUGCUGGAGAUGGUGCAGGCAGAUCUGGAAGUUCGAUGUAUUGAAAGGGAACUUGCUGAUCGGCUCCUCUUCCAGCUUCAGGUCCAUACACAUUAUUGGCAGCUCAAGGCAAAGAAAGCACAAAAACAAUUUGGACAUGCGGAAAUGAAUGUAGGUCAAGGUAGAGCUGCACUUCAGUCACUAGUCCAGGACAAUAAGGAAGCAUACCAUGCACUGUCAAAGCAAGAACAGGACGACCUCCUAAAGGAGUUCGUGGAGCACAGAGAUACCAAAACUACUGGUGCUAGGAAGAAUCAUCAGCAGCUCAUCUCUGACACACUCACCUCAAUCCGGAAGCUCAUUAAUGUCAAACUCCAAGAGAUCACUGGUGAGCCUCAUGUCACAAUGCAAUGGACACACUACUUUCAUAAUGUGGUUCAAUGUUAUCAGAUUGUGAUCAAAGGGUGGCUGGACAACAUUAAUUUCACAAACCUUAGCAACGUGUCCAGUGCACUUCUGGAACUCCAAAUGCUAGAGCAGUGGUGGAAAUUGAGUGCUACAAAAUGGGUUACUAUAGAUGACGAUGAACUCGAAAGACUUCAUCUGGAGUGUGAUGAGCAGCUUGAGAGGGCAUCUCAGAAGGUAACUACUUGUUGGCGCAGGAAGCAUAAAAGUGCAGAAUUUAUCGAGAGCAGUGACAAAGAAGAUGAGCCUGACCAGCCCCCAUCUUCCCCAGCUAGUCCUGUGGCACAGUCUACUGUUGUUGGUUCAGUAGACGAGUCAAGACCAAGUACAAAUGACCCCCCUCAGUUCAACUUCAACACCGAGUCCACACCAAGUAUCAACAAGCCUACUUAA